AUGUUGCCAUCAUACUUCAUCCUGAAGUGGGCAUUAAAGCCCUUGUGGCGUGGUUUCCGAGAUUGGGAGGCCAUUCGGACAAUUACAGCAGACCGGACGCGACGUUUCGUUGUGUCAGUGUCGGGAUUCUUGGUCAACUUGUGGUAUGAGUAUCAACAAGACGAAUGGCGAAAGGACACCAAUACCUUCCCUGCUAAUCCACGCCGCAAGUUGUUCACCGCAACUGAUUUCCUCAGGGAGCAGGUCUGGCUUGCCAGUCUCUCACGCUAUCUCUUGAAUAUUGUUCAAGGUCUGAGGAACCUGGUGUUUCGGGUUAUCAAGUACAUCUUACGAUCGAUACUGGAGUCACGUCGCGUCCCAUCGCUGGUGAAACUUCCUCUCUCAGCCUCGAUUGUGUUGGUUGUUGUGGCUAAGGAUGAAUUGAAAGAAAAGGCUGUGCAGACGUGGGAAGCCAUGUUGACGGAUCCGGCAAGCGCUUUUGUCACCGAGGUGCACGAUACAGAGCAAGGAUCAAAACGAGACCAGAACAAGACCGUAUACGAGCCACUUUCUUCGCCAAAGGACAUGAUCCGAUUGUUGCGUAUUCUUCCCGGGAUCGCAGGUCAAGAGUUGCAGUGUACCGUACACGUGGAAGGGCGAUCAUCAGCAAAGCAUGAGGCAUUAUCUUAUGUCUGGGGAGAUCCUACACUGCAGCGUUCCAUCACGGUGAACGGAGCGCGAUAUUCCGUUGGCAAGAAUCUAUAUGAUUGCCUUGUGCAUCUCAGAAACUCGACUACGGAGCGUGAUCUGUGGGUCGAUACUCUUUGCAUCAAUCAAGCAGACGCGGACGAACGGUCGCAACAGGUGUUACUGAUGGGAGACUUGUACAAAAGAGCAGAAAGUGUCAUAGUGUGGUUAGGUCUUGAUGUGGAAAGCGUGGCAGAGCUCAUCGCCCAGACCAGGGAGAAUCGCGAUGAGAGUCCAAACAGGAGUGCCCCGGCGAGCCCUAAACCUCUAAAGCCAGGGCAUAUAAACGCCGUUCAACACCUCCUUUGCAGUUCCUGGUGGACCCGGGUUUGGACAGUCCAAGAGUUGAUUCUAAACUCAACAACAACAGUCCAGUGCGGUGAGCAUUCGUUGUCAUGGCAGUCCUUUUGUCAAAUGAUAGAUCAGGGAGCAAGUCAAAUGAAGCCAUCCGAGCUUCAAGUGACUUUCUAUUCGCAGUACCUGGCGCUCAAACGCGAACGGAAGCUUUAUCACCAGCACAUAGCGCGCCGCUAUCCCUUGCUCGAGCGAACGUACAUCUUCCGUGGGAAACAAGCAUCUCUGGCCGUGGACAAGAUGUUUGGCUUCUAUGGACUCCUGGAAGACCCCUCAGCCGAGAUCAAGCCCGAGUACGUCUUGAACUCUACUCUAGUGGCAGAAGGCUUCGCGCUCGACUUUAUCAACCGGUACAAGAGUCUCGCAGUUGUUGCCCUCGCCGAGCUUUCGACACCCGAAAGUGAAAAUGGGGCACGCUGGGAGUGGUAUCCAUGUUGGAAUCGGGACGGUAGCACCAGCGCCAAGACGCUUUUUUGGACUGGGCUGGGUGACGAGAUUGGAGGGCAGCCGUGGUCGGAAGACGCUUUUGAUGCUGCGAACGGGCGGUUGGUCAGGGAAUGGGUGGACUUCGACCAUCUUUUGAGUUACACCGUCGAGCUUGAGGGCUGGCAGGUAGACACUGUAACCAUGACGGGUGUUGUCAUGACAAGUCAGGACGUCGAUGGGGGCCAAUGGGAGUCAGUUUUGGAGCAGUGGCUUAGCAUGUCAUGCGAUCCAGACGAUGCAGCGGACGGCCAGGCUCGGCCUGCUCAGAGGCUGACAUUGUUUUACAAGACUAUUACAGCCGGCUUGUUUGAUGAAAAGCAGCUACCAGGAAGCCCUCAGCAUGCCAAAUAUCUAGAGGCCGUGAGAGAAGCGUGUCGAUUCCGCCGUUUAUUCCUUACGUCUUCUGGCCACUGCGGGCUGGGUCCACAAGAUACGGCGUGUGGAGACGAGAUCUGGAUCUUACUUGGGAUGGCCGUGCCUGUGGUGCUUGGCCGAAGGGUUGCUUUCUACGCAAGUGACUCGGACAACUGUCGGCGCGGGGAGGUAGAUCCUACCGAGCCUUUUAGAUAUCUCGGGCAGACAUACAUUCAUGACCUAGCAAGACCUGAUUGCAAUAGCGGUGGGCUACUGGAAGAGAGUCUGGUGUGGGUACGGAUCUGGUCUAAUGUAUGGUGA